UUUUGUAUUAAAUAUCCCAUUGUUGCUUCCUAACAUUUGCAGGGUUGCCCGCACACGCCACUGUGAUAAGCAAGCUAGAGCCUGGUCUGCGUUACCAGUACGCGACGGAUUCAGACGGUGAGAGUCAUCUGGUGGACCUCUGGAUGACACUGGACGACUGGCGGCAAGCUGCCAGGUUUAACCCCGUCGCUUCUAAUGCUUAUCAUCUCUUUACAAGGGCCAAUCCAACUGUAAGCCAACCUUUGGUAUUGAACAACGCAGCAAAUCUUCAGCAAAGCAACUUUGAUAGCACAAAGCGAACAGUAUUUUUGGUACACGGGUGGAGAAAUUCCGCAUCAUCUGAAGUAAAUUCAGUUCUUGUACCGGCACUCUUAGCAGCUGCAGAUUUGAACGUGAUCGUUGUCGACUGGAGUGCAGGCUCCAGUUCCAUCAACUACCGGCUGGUGCUCCUCAAUACUAUUUCCUCAGGCAGGGCCGUGGCCCAGUUCAUACAGUGGUUGAAUCAAGUCAGUGGCAGCAGCACUUCACAGAUACACCUGGUUGGUCACGGGUUUGGCGGUCACAAAGUCGGUAUCAUUGGCAGAAACUUGGGAGGCUCUGUUAAUUAUAUUACUGGUCUGAAUCCCGCCCUCAUUGGUUGGGUCACAAACAUCUACCGGUUCCAGCCAAACGAUGGAGUUUAUACGGAGGUCAUCCACUCUAACUACGGCGUGUAUGGUUAUAUAGCCGAAUUAGCUCACGUGGACUUUUAUCCCAACGGGGGCAUCUCCAUGCCUGGCUGUGACUCCAACGAGUGUGAUAAUGCUAGGAGCUACUUCUAUUUCGCUGAGUCUGUAAUGUCUGGAGGAUUUACUGGAAGGCAGUGCGUCAACUAUGCAGCUGCGGUUAUUGGCAUGUGCGAUGCUCUUCCGGGAAGACUACAGAUGGGAGGUCUGGAACCAAAAACUGGACGUACUGGCGUUUUUCUACUGGAGACUAAUGCAUCACCGCCAUUUUCACAAGGAUAA